CAGCACUAGUAGACUUCGAGACAGGUAAAACGUACACUUACCUGGAGAUGAGGGACGCGGUGAUCAAGUUAGGCAGUGCCCUACACAGGUUGGGGUACAGAAAGGGGGACGUACUUUGUAUGUGUUCUACCAACAAUACCGAGUAUGCCCUUCUCAUACUAGCCUGUGUGACGUCAGGCAUUGUACUGACCACGACGAAUCCGGCCUACACUUCCGCUGAACUUGCACGACACCUCAACCAAUCCAGCGCUACCGGUUUGGUCGUCAUGAAAUCGCUAUUGUCAACUGUCCAGGAAGCGAUUGCAAAUGACAGCAUCCUUCAAAGAAAUAUCAAGAAUGUCAUAACAUUAGGAGAGAUGGAUGGAUAUCGUUCGUUCUCAAAUCUGCUCGAAGAUGACGGAGCAUAUUUUCCUGAGAACCUCACGUUCAAUCCCAAAAAUGACGUGGCUCUCUUCCCUUACUCCAGUGGAACUUCCGGUCCCCCUAAAGGGGUCAUGCUGACACAUAUGAACGUUGUAUCAAACAUUCAACAGUCACGGAUAAGACAGGAGGCAAAAUUGCUGCUGAUCAUAACGCCGGGCGACACCGCUGUCUGUCUUUUGCCGAUGUUCCACGUUGCUGGUUUAAUUGCUAUUUUGAUGGGCAUCUUGCAAGAUGGAGGUAAACUGGUCUUAUUACCUAAAUUUGAACCAGGAUCCUUCCUCAAAUCUAUCCAAGAACACAAGGUGACUGUCCUAUACAUGGUCCCUCCAGUGGCGUUGUUCCUAGCCAGACAUCCAAUCGUAGACUCAUUUGACAUUUCAAGCAUCCGGGCACACUUGUGUGCAGCUGCUCCAUUAGGGGAGUCAUUAUGUAGGGAGUAUGAGGACAGACUGAGAUACCCCAUAUGCCAAGGUUAUGGAAUGACAGAGUUGAGCCCGUUUGCUACUUUAGACACGAUGCCUCCACACCAUAUUGGAACAGUGGGAUCACUGAUACCAAACACGAGCGCUAAGAUUGUAUGUCCAGAGACAGGGGUUGCACUGGGACCUGGGGCGACAGGCGAAGUGUGUAUACGGGGACCCCAGGUCAUGAAGGGCUAUCUCAACAACGAGGAGGCUACCAAUGACAUGAUCAGGGAUGACUGGCUUCACACAGGUGACUUGGGACACAUUCGGGUAGAUGGCUGUUUCGUUAUCGCCGACAGACUGAAAGAGCUCAUCAAGUACAAGGGGUUUCAGGUUGCUCCAGCAGAGCUCGAGGAUUUGUUGCUGCGACACCCCGGUGUUAAAGACGUGGCCGUGAUAGGGAUGCCAGACGAGAGGGCAGGGGAAAUCCCCCGGGCUUACAUAGUACCGAAUCCAAACACGAAGGUCACACGCGAGGAUAUAGCAACAUUUGUCACAGAAAACGCUGCUUCGUACAAGCAACUGAGAGGAGGUGUAGAAUUCCUAGAUGAAAUUCCAAAAUCGCCAUCUGGAAAAAUUCUGAGACGUAUACUACGGAACAUGUGCUAAACUUUUCACCUCAACAAUAAACUUAAUGUGGAAUAAAAAGAACUAAUCUAAUAAAACAAAACCAUUCAUA